UCAAAAACGUCUUACUUGUCGAGAUGGAGAGAAUGAUAUCCAGCACUUUGCUUGUAAUUUUGCUUUCCCUUUCGUCUGUCUGCUGGGCUUCUGACUCAGUAUGCUAUGGCGAACUUGGCUGUUUUACGGACGAUCCACCGUACUGCGAUCCUCCAUCGCGUCCUGUCUGGCUACCGAAGAGCCCAGAGGAAAUUGGUACUGAAUUUAUGCUGAACACCAGGAACGUCCCAACAACCUCCUGGGAGGAAUACCAGACUCUCAGCACGGACUUCCCGGAUGACUUUUACCAGACUGAUUUCCAAUCUUACAGAGAUACUAAGAUAAUAACCCAUGGAUUUUCCCAAAGUUCUUCCGUGGCGUGGAUGAGAGAGAUGGUUGAUCAAUUCCUGAUAGAGGGCGACUUCAAUGUCAUCAGGGUCGACUGGCAAAGGGGAGCCAUUGGGGCGUACGGGAUAUCCGCAGCGAAUACCCGUGUCGUCGGCGCUCACAUCUCCCUGCUCAUCGAUAAACUUAAGUUGGUAUAUGGAGUGGAUGCGAGUAGUUUCCACAUAAUUGGUCACAGUCUCGGUGCUCAGGUAUCUGGAUAUGCUGGAGAGAGACAGUCUAAUCCUCAGGUGGCCAGAAUAACAGGUUUGGACCCUGCCGGACCAUACUUCGAAGACACCGAUCCCAUUGUCCGUCUCGACCCAAGCGAUGCAACGUAUGUCGACGUCAUCCAUACCGACACUGAUCCUCUGUACAAUUUUGGAUAUGGCAUGUAUGCCCCGUGUGGACACAUGGACUUUUAUCCUAACGGCGGUAAUGAUCAACCAGGUUGUGAUCCAAGCUUGAUAGAGGACAUCAUCGUUGACGGCUUCUAUGAAGGUGUUUGUCAGUUUGUAGCCUGUAAUCACCUCCGUUCCAUUGAGUAUUUCAAGGAAUCUAUCAGCUCUCCUGAGGGUCCAUACCUAGCUUUCAAAUGCUCGAGAGAUCACGACGAUUACAACCUCGGAUUGUGUUUCGACACCAGUCAUUGUGCCCCUAUGGGCUGGCACUCACCCCUCGGCUAUCCAGGAGGGGAAAACCACAUGUAUCAGAUAAAUACCAAUGAUGAUGAACCAUACGCCGGUUACCAGUAUCAGUUCACUUUCAAGUUCGAUGAUCAUCGCAAAGCCCAUGAUGCCAAAGGUCUGAUCUACAUAACCCUCAUGGGUAACAAGGCACAAUCAUCCAAGGUCGCCCUCACCUCCGAAACUACCGAAUAUUACACCAACACUGCAUACGUGUAUAUGACGCCAUAUGACGUUGGUCCUGAUGAUACUGAGGGUCUGGUAAGCAUAUACUUCGAAUGGGACUACGACGCAGACUGGUACAAAUGGUGGGAUUGGGAAGCCAUCGAGAGACCGGAACUCUUCAUCCAUCAGAUACAAGUAAUUGAUUCCCAAGGGAAUAAGUACAUUAUGUGCGGUGACUACAAUGGAAUCGAACCCGGAGAUGUGAAGGCUUUCAUCAGCUCGGCUGAUGGGGCAACUUGUCCGUAACAACGAGCCUUAAAGAACCAGGAUCCUGUCAAAGAUUUUGAAUGAUUACAUUAAUCUCAACACGGAAAACCAGUUGCACCAUCAUUAUCAUUUCUUGUCUUCACUGAAAAAAAAAUCGAUGCUGAUUUAACAUCAGCUCAUAGCCCAUAAUAUAGGAAAAACAGAUAUGUUUUGACAUAACACCACAGGGCUCCGUAACACAAUCGCUUAAUACCAAUGACCAAUCAAGAUAAUCGAUUGCUUGCGCAAUCUGUUUAAAUACUGACCGGGAACCAAUCAGUGCGUUUUUUCACAGUUGUAAUUCAUUGCAAACCUUUGUGUUACGGAGCCCAAUUUGGCUUGAAGCUUAAUCCAUACAGCAUAAGCCAUUGCCGACAGUUUGACAUAACCUUCCACUUCCCUGGUCAUGCUGGUUUGGCGUUUCAUUCUAAAUUGGUGUUUAAAAUUGGCGACCCAGUGACAUUUGCUCCUGCGACAAUUGCUCUUGGGCUUUAUUUCGUCUAAGAUAUAAAUUUAUGAUUAGGGUUGUAAUAGGGUUUUAUGCAAGGUUUAGGAUGGGGUAAAGUUUUAAAUCCAUGAGUGUGCAAAAUUCACAGCGGCGCGAUUGUCGCCGGAGCAAAUGUCAUGGAACCCUAUAAUCAACAUGACAUGGAGUUGUGACUCGACACCGUAGUUUCUUGGUGUAUCGCUCCGAUCCCUUCGUGUUGAAAAAGGGAUGAGUGAUUCAGGUGCUUUUUAAAACCCAUGGUCACGCAC